CCACCCCAACCAGGAUACCCAGGCACACCUGGUGCGCCCGGAACUCCAGGGCAACCCGGCUACCCCGGAAAACCACCGCAACCUGGAUAUCCAGGCACACCUGGCACGCCUGGUACGCCCGGAACUCCAGGGCAACCCGGUUACCCCGGAAAGCCACCGCAACCGGGAUACCCAGGCACACCUGGCACACCUGGCACACCUGGGACGCCAGGACAACCUGGCUAUCCUGGAACACCGUCUCUGCCUGGAUACCCGGGCAAACCUGGAAUACCUGGCACUCCUGGCACACCUGGGAAGCCAGGACAACCCGAAUAUCCUGGAACGCCACCUCAACCUGGACACCCCGGCACACCCGGCACGCCUGGUACACCAGGAACGCCAGGACAGCCCGGCUACCCCGGAAAACCGCCACACCCUGGAAGUCCCGGAACACCUGGCACUCCUGGCACACCUGGAACGCCAGGACAACCCGGCCAUCCUGGAACACCACCACAGCCCGGAUACCCAGGCACGCCUGGCAUACCUGGAACGCCAGGACAACCCGGAUAUCCUGGAACGCCGCCACAACCUGGAUACCCAGGUAAGCCUGGCACACCUGGAACACCUGGAACACCUGGAACACCUGGAACACCUGGUACACCGGGAACACCGGGAUAUCCUGGAACACCACCCCAGCCUGGAUACCCAGGUAAACCCGGAACACCUGGCACUCCUGGCACACCUGGAACACCACCGCAACCUGGAUAUCCAGGCACACCUGGCACGCCUGGUACGCCCGGAACUCCAGGGCAACCCGGUUACCCCGGAAAACCACCGCAACCUGGAUACCCAGGCACACCUGGCACGCCUGGUACGCCCGGAACUCCAGGGCAACCCGGUUACCCCGGAAAACCACCGCAACCUGGAUACCCAGGCACACCUGGCACGCCUGGUACGCCCGGAACUCCAGGGCAACCCGGUUACCCCGGAAAACCACCGCAACCUGGAUACCCAGGCACACCUGGCACGCCUGGUACGCCCGGAACUCCAGGGCAACCCGGUUACCCCGGAAAACCACCGCAACCUGGAUACCCAGGCACACCUGGCACGCCUGGUACGCCCGGAACUCCAGGGCAACCCGGUUACCCCGGAAAACCACCGCAACCUGGAUACCCAGGCACACCUGGCACGCCUGGACAACCCGAAUAUCCUGGAACGCCACCUCAACCUGGACACCCCGGCACACCCGGCACGCCUGGUACACCAGGAACGCCAGGACAGCCCGGCUACCCCGGAAAACCGCCACACCCUGGAAGUCCCGGCACACCUGGCACUCCUGGCACACCUGGAACGCCAGGGCAACCCGGCUACCCUGAAACACCACCACAACCCGGAUACCCAGGCACACCUGGAACACCUGGUACACCGGGAACACCAGGGUAUCCUGGAACACCACCCCAACCUGGAUACCCAGGUAAACCCGGCACACCUGGCACUCCUGGCACACCUGGAACGCCAGGGCAACCCGCCUAUCCUGGAACACCACCACAACCUGGGUACCCAGGCAAGCCCGGAACACCCGGCACUCCUGGCACACCCGGAACGCCAGGACAACCCGGCUACCCUGGAACGCCACCUCAACCUGGAUAUCCUGGAACGCCACCACAACCUGGCACUCCAGGACAACCCGGAUAUCCUGGAACACCACCACAACCCGGAUACCCAGGCACACCUGGAACACCCGGUACACCGGGAACACCGGGAUAUCCUGGAACACCACCCCAACCUGGAUACCCAGGUAAACCCGGAACACCUGGCACACCUGGGACGCCAGGACAACCCGGCUAUCCUGGAACACCGCCUCUGCCUGGAUACCCGGGCAAACCUGGAAUACCUGGCACUCCUGGCACACCUGGGAAGCCAGGACAACCCGAAUAUCCUGGAACGCCACCUCAACCUGGACACCCCGGCACACCCGGCACGCCUGGUACACCAGGAACGCCAGGACAGCCCGGCUACCCCGGAAAACCGCCACACCCUGGAAGUCCCGGCACACCUGGCACUCCUGGCACACCUGGAACGCCAGGGCAACCCGGCUACCCUGAAACACCACCACAACCCGGAUACCCAGGCACACCUGGAACACCCGGUACACCGGGAACACCGGGAUAUCCUGGAACACCACCCCAACCUGGAUACCCAGGUAAACCCGGAACACCUGGAACUCCUGGCACACCUGGAACGCCAGGAAAACCCGGCUACCCUGGAACACCACCACAACCCGGAUACCCAGGCACACCUGGAACACCCGGUACACCGGGAACACCGGGAUAUCCUGGAACACCACCCCAACCUGGAUACCCAGGUAAACCCGGAACACCUGGAACACCUGGUACACCCGGAACGCCAGGACAACCCGGCUAUCCUGGAACACCACCACAACCCGGAUACCCAGGCACACCUGGGGCACCUGGAACGCCUGGUACACCGGGAACUCCCGGAUAUCCUGGAACACCACCUCAACCUGGUACACCAGGACAACCCGGUUUCCCUGGAAAACCGUCGCAACCUGGAGGCCCCGGCACGCCUGGUACUCCCGGUACACCGGGUAUACCUGGAGCACCAGGCUACCCUGGUACGCCGUCGCAACCUGGAUAUCCCGAAACGCCUGGAAUACCUGGUGGCCCAGCACAACCAGGAUAUCCUGGUGCACCAGGAAGACCGGGCAAACCUGGGAAACCUGCGAAACCCGGGAAACCUGCGAAACCUGGGAAACCUGGCGUCCCAGCAAUUCCGGAACAACCACCAUCUCCUGGUUCAUCCGAAACUCCAGAAACUCCCGGCAUACCAUAUCCACCGCCAUAUCCACCAUCUCCGGAAUAUCCUGGCUCCCCUGGUAGUCCUGGAGCUCCCGGAUUGCCUGGAACACCCGGAAUACCAGGUAAACCUGGCAGACCUAGCAAACCUGGCAAACCUGGCAAACCGAAUAAGCCUGGACAUCCAUCACAUCCUGGUUACCCCGGAAGUCCCGGCUCCCCAGGUACACCCGGUCAUCCUGGUUCUCCUGGUACGCCAGGAUAUCCUGGCACUCCCGGCACGCCAGGAACUCCUGGAAUACCCGGAACUCCACCGAUACCUCCACACCCAAGUUAUCCCGGUAUCCCCGGUACGCCAGGAACUCCUGGAAUACCUGGAACUCCACCCAUACCUCCACAACCAGGUUAUCCCGGCAUCCCUGGUACACCAGGAACUCCUGGAACACCCGGAACUCCGCCAAUACCUCCACAGCCAGGUUAUCCCGGUAUCCCUGGUACACCAGGAAUUCCCGGAACACCCGGAACUCCACCAAUACCUCCACAGCCAGGUUAUCCCGGGAUCCCCGGUACACCAGGAACUCCUGGAACACCCGGAACUCCACCAAUACCUCCACAGCCAGGUUAUCCCGGUAUCCCUGGUACACCAGGAAUUCCCGGAACACCCGGAACUCCACCAAUACCUCCACAACCAGGUUAUCCCGGUAUCCCUGGUAGACCAGGAACUCCUGGAACACCCGGAACUCCACCAAUACCUCCACAACCAGGUUAUCCCGGUAUCCCUGGUAGACCAGGAACUCCUGGAACACCCGGAACUCCACCAAUACCUCCACAACCAGGUUAUCCUGGUAUCCCUGGUACACCAGGAACUCCUGGAACACCCGGAACUCCACCAAUACCUCCACAGCCAGGUUAUCCCGGUAUCCCCGGUACGCCAGGAAUUCCCGGAACACCCGGAACACCCGGAACUCCACCAAUACCUCCACAACCAGGUUAUCCCGGUAUCCCUGGUAGACCAGGAACUCCUGGAACACCCGGAACUCCACCAAUACCUCCACAACCAGGUUAUCCUGGUAUCCCUGGUACACCAGGAACUCCUGGAACACCCGGAACUCCACCAAUACCUCCACAGCCAGGUUAUCCCGGUACUCCCGGUACGCCAGGAACUCCUGGAAUACCAGGUAUACCUGGAAAACCUGGUAAACCUGGCAAGCCGGGUAGGCCAGGUCAUCCUGGGAUACCUGGGGUCCCACCUGUCCCACCGCAACCAGGAUACCCUGGAACACCGCCGUAUCCAGAGGUUCCUGGAAAGCCUGGGAAGCCUGGACAUCAUGGACAUCCCGGAUCAUCAACUCCAGAUCAGCCUCCGUAUCCCCCAUAUCCAGGAUACCCUCCCGGGCAUGAAGGCCCAAUUGGUGGUGUAGGUCCAGAUGGUCCCAACGGUCCGUGGCCCAAUGGUCCGGAUGGUCCUCAAGGACCAAGCGGUCCAGGUGGACCAGGCGGACCAGGAGGCCCUGAAGGUGGAAUUGGAGGAAUAGGAGGUAUAGGUGGCGAUGGCCCUCCUGGUCCAGAUGGUCCAUGGCCGACAGGUUCGCCCGGCCCAGAUGGGCCAUGGCCUGGUGAUCCCGACUACGUGCCUGGAGCUCACCCAACAAUUCGUCCACACUACGAAGGACCAAUUAAGAUUCAAUAUCCCAUCAAAUAUUACGAAGCUACGACGCCAACCUCUUACGUUUAUCCGUUGUAUGGACAGAAGCAAGUAGAACGGUUAACCUCUAACUCUAAGUUCGAAUUGAAAUAUUUCAAUAAUGAAACUUCGAAUGAAGGCUACGAAAAGAACGUCGAAUCUACAACGUUUACAUAUCCAAGCAAGAUAAGCGGUCCCAUAGGAGUGAAGGAUGCAUAUAUAGACUCGCAGUUGGGAAAUCGAUCCCAGAGACCCGGCUAUCAGACAGGACAAGUGAACCAAAAUGCGGACGAAAUUAAUUCUUUGUUGCAAACGCAACGAAAGGAAUUGCGUAAAUACACAGAACAGGAAGACCGAAAUAACUACGAAGAUCUUAAGAAAAUUGUAUCGCCAAUUCCUCAAACUGUUUACGACGGAGUGGGUGGUCCUACCACUAGUGCGAAGUACUCCAGCCGAGAAAGAUUGCAGCAGGGCUCUCGCGAGAAUCGUAAAUAUCCGCAACAAGUGACGAAAUUGAGCGAACCGGUGAUUCGAAUAGAAACGAGCCCCGAAGAAAAUACCGCCGCGCUCAUCAAACAGGUAAACCAAUUAUCCGAAAAAUCUAGCGAACCGAGCUUCGAGUUCGCUGCGAUCGGUGUUCAGCCACCGAAUCCGAUCAAUAUCAAGCCCUACGAUCAGUCUGUAGGGCCAGACCCUGAAACCUGUCCCUGUUACCUUGUCGAGCCUGGAAACGAUACAGUCAAAACCACCAGCACGACAUCCAUUCCUCUCAUUGGUCAGCUUGGCUUCAUUCCAGUAGUAUUUGUACCAUACUGUCCGGGCAACGACGAGACGGACAGCGAAAACAUGAAAGACAUGUUCCCCUCUGCAAUGCCUGUCCCAUAUGCAUGCGACACGUGCGGCUUGCAAACCGGGAAAAUCGAAACGAAGCUUCUCAGCGUGAAUCAGCUUGGCAAUAUAGAGAAUCUUCGUGAGGCGUUGCGGCAAGCAAAACUUGGCUUUUUAAAUGUUUCAGCACGGCGUCGGACGGAAAGGAGGGGGGCGAAGAGUCGGCACGUCAAGUGAAGAGUGCGAUUGCGAUUCACGGAUUUUAGUUCGUCACUCGGCUACAGGGACAGCCGAGAAUUUCCGCGGGAACGGUUCGUAAAACGGAGAAACACUGCCCGUCCGUCAGCUGCUGGACAGCUGAAGGAUGGCCAAAGAGAGACACGAUCGAAAACCAACGAGAAAAAUCAUCAUUGUCUCGCAAUGGGUAACCAUAAUCUGUACGUUCUUACAGGAUUAGGUGGAAGCUGACAGAGUGAAAGUAACGGAUCGUGGUACUUAGAACGAUCGACUAUGGUUAUCCAGAGGUAGCGUACUGGCUAGCGUACAUAACAGUUUUGCAUUUUCGUUCUUAACUUUUUUCUCUUUUAACACGGAUGAUAAUUUAUGGGACAGUUUUUAAUCAUUAAACCUGGUAUACAAGACGUUACUGUUUGUUGCAGCGACGGGGACAGCGAAACGAAACUGGAAUACAGUUUCUAGAAUCGUUUCCGCGAGCAGUAAAUUAUGUUUUAUAAAAAUUCAGGAUACGUAAGGAUUAAUGCAGGAUAAAGUAUUCGAUGUUUGUCAUCUCACAGAGACACAUAUGUAAAGCAAACCUUUGUAUUAUCGUCGAAUUCGAAUGUUUCCGUAGUUCUCCCUCUUCGUAGUUAUAACGAUGCAAAAAAUAUCUUUAGUUUACCUUCUAGUUUUAAUACAUCAUCUAUUAUUUAAUUUCAAGGAUACUAUUUCGUUUCGCUCGAUGUUGAUUGCGUAAAAAGUUAUAAACUGUCUGAUAUUUAAUUGUAUUUUCGUUUAAAGAUCUUCUUUCGACUUAAUUUGUAUAAACAUCGUGAGAAAUGGAAUCAUCCACUGUAUUCUCGUGUUUAACGUAUGCUUGAGGUUAAAUAUUGAUCGUACAAGUGCUAAUACGUACUAUAAUUUUUAUUGAGCACGUACAGAACUGUCGCCGCGGAUAGACAAAUUCUUAAGGAUCAAUCUUUUUCCAAAAAGUGUAGGGUUUAAGGUACGUGGAAUACUUCACGCGAAUAAUUAAUUAAACUUCGUAUUUAACUGUACAUGCUCGAUAUCUUAACAAAAUAAUUCUAUUUGUACAUUGGCUAUAAGAUACGUAGUGUAUGUCUUCUUCCGUAGCAUAGUUGUCGACGAAAUUUUCAAUAAAUUAUACAUAAUUGUACAUAUCGAUAUUACGUUCAUCCAAUGUUCCUUAUAAGCAUGAAUCAUGCAUUUUUGCCUAAAUAAAACUAAUCAUCAAACAUC